UGACCAAUAGUUGAAGGGGUUCUCAUAUAUUUUCACCUACUUUGAAAUUCCGACAACCUCAAUCUACGAGCAUGCGAAAUCCAACGCAAAUAAAAAUUUAAAAAGUGUAAAAUUUAAAAUUAGAAAAAAAUAAUAAUAGAGCACGAGGCAUCAGAGUGCCCACCACCUGUUUGUUUGUUUGCUGCUUCGGCUUCCUUAAAACACCGAAAAAAAAAAAAAUGAACCCAAAAUCAGAGAAAAAAAGAAGAAGAAAAAAUUAAGAAAGAAGAGAUGGGAAAGUCGGCGACGAAUUCUUCUUGUUUUAAGCUUUUCACUUGCAGCAGGGGUGGAGGAAGAAGCAGCUCUGAUGAGAUUGAGCAACCAAAGAGAGCGUCGUCGGAGAAGCGCAGGUGGAGUUUCCACAAGACAUUCUCCAGACAGCAGCAGUUGAGCAACACUGUGAAGUCGGAAACUCAUUAUGCUUAUUGUGACAAAGAAUUUCGGCAAAGCAACACUGCUAGCUUUUCUUCAGUAGAAGACACUGAAAAAUUACCUAAUUCAGUAGUCGACGGCGCACAUCUUACUGCUAGUGCUACGGCCACCGCUGAAGAGAACCUCUCAGAUAAUGAAGCCAUCAUAAUUCAGUGUACUAUUAGGAGAUGCCUUGCUCAAAAGGAGCUCCAGAAAAUUAAGAAUGUGGUGACAUUGCAAGCCGUCAUUCGUGGGUAUCUGGAAAGGAGACAAGCUGUUGAAACUUUACGUCGCUUACUAUCCGUCGUCAAAAUUCAAGAUUUUGUCCGGGCUAAGAUAUUAAAUCUCCAAGUUUCGAGAACACCAAAUCACGCAUCUUUUACAAUCAAGAAGGUAUACUCCAAUAUGUUUGCCCGCCAGCUCUUAGAGUCAAUGCUAAAGACGAAAGCCAUUUAUAGAAGCUGCGAUCCUUCGAAUCCUAAUUCAACUUGGCAAUGGUGUAAGAGGUGGAUGUCUAUAACCUCAUGUAACUCAAAUCUGCCUCCUACCAAGGAAAUUGAGUCUCAGAAAGAGGUAGAGGAUGAAAAUAUUGGUGCAAAAGGAGUAAAAGAAAAUUCUGAUUCUGCUUCAAAGCAGGCAUCAUCUCAAGCAGACGACUCUUCAGAACUUCUUCCUAAUUAUAAUUCUCAAAAAAGAGCUUCCAAAAGUUCUUCUUGCAUUCCUCACGAGACAGGAGGAAAAUUGACCAGCCUCGGAUCAGGAAAGGCACAUAAUCCUGCGUUUGCGGCUGCACAAUUGAAAUUCAAAGAGCUGAGCUCAGCUCAAAGUGGAAACAAAUCGGAAUCAAAAUCGGUUCAUUCCCGAGGGAAUUCUCAAACACAGAUAAAAGAGCUAGAAAACUCAGGAUCUCAAAAUCUGGGUGCUCCUACUGCAGCUUCGGAAUGUAACACUGAGAUAUCCAUUUCCUCUACAUUUGAUUCGCCGGAUGGAUCGGAUGGAGAUGGUGGGGCAAUUGUACUCGAAAUCAAAUCCUUGGAGGAAAAUAGAAAUGAUGGCGAAUAUAGUCACAAAGUUAUGACGAAUACGGAUAUGGAAAAACUUCUCUCUAAUUCAGAUGAAUAUCAGCAACAAAUUUUAGAAGAAAAUGGCAAAGAUCUCUCGAGUAAAAGAUUGGAGACGGUCGAUUCAAGUACCAAUGACCAACUCAACCAAUUAAAAGAUCCACAAGUUUGUAGCUCACCACAAUUAGUGGAAAAAGGCGAGAACAGACACCAGAAAUCACAAUUUGCGAACAAAGAUGCAGCAUUAAAGAGUGAUUCGGACGGAAGAAUUGGCACGGAAGUUGUGCUCAUGGAUGUGAAGAGUACUAAAAGACGGUACUCAGGGUCGGCCAGGCCCGAUCAGAGGGUCCACGGGCUCAGUGUCUCCGGUAGCAAAUCCAUUCCGAGUUAUAUGCAGGCCACAGAGUCGGCACGCGCUAAGGUCCAUGGUAGUAUGGCUACAAAAUCUAGUGUAGACGAGUACGAGGGUGAUGGCAGUGCAAAGAAGAGGCACUCGUUGCCUAUUGAGGAUGGAAGGCGGGGUUCGUCCCCACGGAUGCGGAGGUCGAGAUCACAAAUACAAAAUGAUUUUAAGGAGAAGAACAUUAACUUGCGAUGCAAUUCUGUUGUUUCAGAUAGGAAAUGGCAAAGUUGAUUCGAAUUUCUACACCAAAACUAUAUAGUAUGACGAAUACUCGGAGAGAAAGGCUAGCAUAAGGAGACAUUGACAGCUACAGAUGCAUAUGCUGUUUCUGGAAAUUUUCACUCUAGAUUAGAUUUUGUUAGAAUUGGGUUUCCUUGCGAUGUAAAGAUGACUUUUGUGGCUUAUUUCAAGGCUUGUAAUCAUGUAAAUUUUCAACAUCUUCUUGAUGUUUCUUUUGCAGUGGGCAACUCUAGUUUCUUUCUUGCAAUGCUGUUGAUUUUGCAUAAAUAAAUUUUAGGGGCAUAUUCCUUUGUUA